AUGCUCCGUUAUCUCUGGAGGAAAGCGCCCGACGCUGGUCCCAAACAGCACGUAUGCGGUCCCGCGGAGAAUAUGAUGAUUAAAAUAUCACAACGCUUCCACGGUGCCAUGCGAAUGGGAGAAGUUCUUCAUCUGCAAGGGCCGUACAUCUCUCUGGAACAACUGAACAGGGCCGUUGCUCUUCUGCAGCGUCGCCAUCCUGUUCUACGAAGCCGUCUUCGAACUCACCCGACUAAACGCGACUGUUUUGUGCUCGAAGAAGACGAAGCGCUACGGCUGCCUGUAGAAGAACUAGCGCGCAAGCGCGAGGAACAUGCAAGUUUUUGGCUGCAGGAAUGGCCCAAGCGAGAAAAGGAACCAAUCAACAUUGGUGAACCGUUGGCUAAGCUGUGGCUGCUGCAGACGAUGGAGAAUGCUAUUCGAAACAGUCUAUCGGCCGUGAACCGAGUGUUCACGGUGAGUCGAUUGCUUUUCUCCAUAAUCUAUACACUUAUGACUAACAGAUUACCGAUUGCAAGAAUACCUCUUGACGAAGUCACCUUCAGUAUCGAUGAGAUGGAUAAAUACUGCCAUACGGAAGCUGUUUAUGGCGUGUUGAACAAGGAAAUGACGACCAAGUUACUCGCUAGAUGUCGUAGGGAAGGCGUAUCAAUAACCUCUGCUGUGACCGGCGCUCUUUCAUCGGCAGCAGCUAGUUUGGUACCAGUCAAAGAUGGCCAAGGUACGAUCAUGAUGAUUAUGCUGAGCGCCGAUACUCGACGACGUUGCGCACCAACAGUUCCUAAUCACGAUUUUGGUUACUACGCUUCAGGCAUUGCACCAUUUUGUCUGCGUAUGAGCGCUUUGCCCAAGACGUCCGAAGAUUCGUGGCAGUUGGCGCAGAGCUUUGGUCAACAUACGAAUGCUUGCGUCAACGCCGGUCAAGUACUCGCGUCUGGUUUGAUCAACGGGAAGCUCGGCAGUUUGGCGCUGCGUCCAAUCAAUAUGGCGUAUCUGCCAACAUAUGGCACGUCCAGUUGGGGUGUCCUGCCAUUCGUUGAACAGUACGACGGUGAAUGGUGUUUUGACGAUGAUGUUCGGUGGCGCCUGUCCUCUCAUUUCUGCGACGGUAUUGACUGA